GAUCACGUGACAGCGCGUUAAAAUGGCGGAUAAAGGAGACGGUUGUUUUUAGAAUAGAGCGAGGAAAUACAGUUAACAGUCGUUUUGUGAACUUAUCUUAAUUUAUAAAAAUAACAGGAUUAUCAAAAAAUAAACAAUUACUAAGAAAUGGGGAUUGCGAUUUUGACCUCAAGACCAAAUAGUCAUCCUUUUCAGGAAAGACAAAUUACAUUAAAUGAACCAACAAAAAUUGGCAGAGCUGUUGCACGAGCUCGUCCCUCAGAGAACAAUGCCAUAUAUGACUGUAAAGUCUUGUCAAGGAAUCAUGCUCUGCUUUGGUAUGAAAACAAUAAAUUCUACUUGCAAGACACGAAGAGCAGCAAUGGAACUUUUGUCAACAGUCAUAGACUCAGUAAAGGCUCUGAGGAAAGCUUGCCUUACGAAAUACACUCUGGAGAUAUAUUACAGUUUGGAGUGGAUGUUAUGGAGAACUCAAAACGUGUGACUCAUAGCUGUAUUAUAGCCUCAGUUCAGUUAUUUCAUCCGGAUGGAACCGAAGCAAAGCCUAUUGACGACAAUAAAAGUAUUGCAGCAACUAGUAAUAUUCAAGUUCAGGAACUUUAUCAGUUACAUCAGUUCCUACAAGAGGCUCUUCAAAGGGAGGCUUUGCUUGAAAGUAAAUUGGCUGCCCUCCAAAGGCUUGUCAGUCGAAUAUCUGAGUCAGCUGACAAUGGCUGGAGUUCUCUCAUAACAGAGGAUAGGCUGUUGUCACGUGUAGCUUUACUGGAAAAACGCAUCGCCUCCUUGGACGAUAGCGAGAGUGCAAAUGGAGAUGAUGAAAAUUCAACACUAAGAGCUAAAAUUGAUGAACUACAUCGACAACAGCAAGAGUAUGAAAGUACGACAAAGGAAUCGUUAAAAACAAUAAUGGAGGAAAAAUUGGAAGCAGUUCGUAAAUUGGUUGAUCUCGAGAAAUCUCUAGCUGUAGCUGAACAGGAAUGUUCACAACUCAGGGAGGCUUGCGAAAAUUCACAGAGAGAGUUAAGUGAAUUAGCCGAAAAGCAUGAUGAACAAAUGAAAGAAGUUCAGAGUUUACAAGAAGAAUUACGAGAAGCCGAAAAAAGGCACGCCGAUCUGGUAGAGCAAACAGAACGGGAAAGAACCGAAUAUGAAGAAAGAAUUGAGGAGAUGAUCAGACGUGAAGAUGCCAUUACAGCUAAAAUGGAAGAACUGCAAGCCGAUAAAGAUUUUACAUCCCAACAGCUGACUGCUGUAAGAGCAAAAUUAGAUUAUAAAGGUAAAGCUGAAUUGCAAAAUGAUUCCUCUCCCCCCGAUCUUAUUAAGAAUACGACAUCUGAGGACGAUAUGGAACUCGAUGUGGAUAAUAUGCCAGAUGAAUGCCCAGUUCGUAGAUCUCCCACUAAAUCAACAGUAGAAGUUCAGGUGGCGCUUAUUGGUAGUGAUAUUGUCACUGAACAGGAUGGAGUUUUAGAAUCUGAAGUAGAGUUACAGGAAGCUUUGGAUGCCAUAUCAACUUGUUCUUCUGACAUAACCAUUUUAGAUGAUUGCCAAGUUUUAGAGCUUCAAGCGAAUUUGGAAAAGACGAAAGAAGAAAUUGAAUUUUAUAAACAACGUCUUGAAGACACGGAAGAAAAGUUAAGAGCUAGUCGGGAUGAUGUAGAAAAACUGACUCUAAAACUUGAAAGAGCUGAAGUUGAAGCGAUCGAAUCUGCCGCACAGAUAAACACUCUGACAGAAAACUUGCGUCUUGCUGACACGAGAAUGAAUGAAAUGGUUGAAAAUGCUUGUGAAGAACUGAAACAUAAGCUGGAAGAAUCCCAAAUGCAAGAUCAAGAUAGGCAGAGUUUAAGUGAGACUCUGCAGAGUCGUGUAAGGGAAUUAGAAGAAGAUUUAGAUCAAAUUCGAAAUUCCCUUCCAGACUUGGCCAAUAGUAAUACCCCCAUAUCAUCAAUAGCAACUCAUUUGCAAACGUCACUAUCCAGUAUUAAUGAUCUUCAACAAGAAGUUUCAUCUUUAAAAGAGCAGCUUCAACAUACGGAGGAAGCUAGAAUGAAAUAUGAGGAUCAUAUCAACGUUUUAAAAGAUGAAUUAGAAAGAGUUAAAACUGAAGAAAAUGCGUUAAAGAAUAAGACUGACGGACUAGAGAGUAGGUUAAACUGCAGUCAGAAUGAACUCAAAGUUAAGUCAGAAAAAAUAUGCAUACUAGAAGAUGAAUUACGUAAAGCUGAAAAUUUAACUAACGAAGUUAAACCUCAAAUUAUAUCUCUUCAAGAGAGGCUAUUAGCGGAAGAGGCAGAUGCUAAACGAAAUAUGCUUGAAAAUCAGAAACUUCGAAGUGAGUCACAAGUGUACCGUAUUUGCCUUAAUGCUGAACUUGUUUGGCACGCAUGACCAUUUUUUUAUUUGUUGUUUAUCAUUUGGUCUUUUUUAACUUUACACAUCAGAAAAAUAUUUCUUGUCCAAGACUUUUUAGUAUAGAUUAAAAAAAACUUUGUAUUAGAACUUUUUCCAGCCAUCUGUGCGUGCUGAAAAAAAAACUUGAUGAUUUUUUUUUUCAUUAAAAGCCUUUAUUUUUUUUGUGCAUGUUGAAAAUUGAGGAGUGAAUGCAUGGACUACUGAUUUUCCUUUUGAAAAAAUUAAAAAAUUCAUCAGCCUUUUUCUUAAAUUCUAUUAAUUAUCGUUUGUAAGAUGAAUUGAUUUUGUUGUUUGAACUCUACUUAACCAUUAAGUUGACAGAGUAUUUGUAUAACUGCUCAAUGGGUAUAAGAGAGGAGGGACUCCAGUAGGAAAAGUAAAUAAGUAGGCCUUUAAAGUUAAAGUCCAUGCGUUCUUUCAUUCAUAUUUUUAAAGUUAUCUUGAAAUGUGAACAGGUGAAGUGCUGUAUGCUUGGUUUUUAUUUAUUUCAUAACCCGCUUGAUUAACGAUUAUCCUCCCCUCCUCAUUUAACCAAUAUUAUACAUUACUUCACCUGUGACGAGUAAUUAUCUCGUUUAUAUUUACAGAAAAAAAAAUACAUUAUUGCUGUUGUUUUUUUUACUCUCGAAAAGUUUCGUUUUCGUUAGUUUUGCACUUAGUCGCAGGUGAUGUAAAAAAAAAAAACAAAGUAACAAAAUCAAAAAAAAACAAAAAAAAAUUCGACGUUGUGAGAACAUUUUGCUUAGCCUGUUCACAUAAUAAUUGGACGCAUGAACAAAAUCAACUUUAAACGUUUUUGUUCUAUAUUAAGUUUCUGACUUUUGUCUAGAGUAAGUUUUUCCAAAUUUUUUCCGCUUAAUUUUUUUUCCUCCUUAAUUAAGUUUCCUCUAAUGGUUGAUAAAUUAACAACAAUUUUACCACUUCAUAAUUUUUAUAGGCGAACUUCAAAAAACUGAGGAACAAUUAAAAAAGUACCAAGAAUUGAAUUCAGAUGUCAAGGAUAAUUUUGAACUGAAAAAGAGGCUAAGAAAAGCUGAAGAUGAAAUAGCUAGAUUGAAAUCAGUUGAAAUAUCGGUAAAAAAUACUAAUAUUUUACAGUUUUAUUGAAAUUUUUAAUUUAAAUGAUUUACAAUUUUUAUUAUUUUAUUAUCUUAAUAAGAAAAUUAAUGUGCAAUUCUAUUUGGUUAGUUCACGUGCUUAUUAUUAAGUAUAAAUGAACCUUUUUUAGUAUGAAGAGACCAAAGAAGAGCUAAGAGAAAUUGACGUUGGUUUUAAAGAAUUAUCCUACAGAAGUAAAGUGGUGAGUUUAUAUAUUGAAUGAGUGUAGUCAAUCAGUCUCUAUUUCAAACAAGGCACCAACAUUUCUUUCCUUUAAAGACUUUGUCUAAGUCUCCUCAGGUUAAAAACCAGGCUUAAAGCAAGGCUUAGCUUUCUAUUUGUUGUUUUCUUAUUUCAAUCUCAUUUAUUAUUAAGUGCUUUAUAGGUAAUUUAAGGUUAUCAACGGGAUAUCUUAAGCCACCAGAUGGCGGUAAAAAUGAUAAGUCUUUAAACUGUAAAAGAAAAAAUUUUCUUUGCGAGAUAGUACGUUAAAUUUUCAGUACUUUUUUUACACCAAAAAGUUAGAACUAAUUCUAGCUAUUUUUCAAAUUUAUUUAUUUUUGGUAUGCCUCCACUUUUGUAAACAAUUAUUCAGUAUAGAGCUAUCUAGUUUGCAAUCAAUAACAUAGAAAAGUUAUAUUAGUUGCACUCUGUUUACAAUGGAGUUGAGACAUAUAUUUAUAUGAAAUGUCUGAAAUAUAUCGCUUUUAGCUAUUUAUCAAUGUACGUAGUGUUAGAUUAGCGAUUGUUUUCAGUACAUUUUUGAACAAAAAAAUAACGCGACAUAAAUGUCGGUGCCUUGAGAAUGUCAAAUAAAUCACUACUAAAUAUUUCAGUUGUAGACACCAAAAAUUUUCUUUUCUGUUUUUACUCCAAAAAUUUAUAUAUUUUUUUCUAUUAUCACACAAAAAAAGUAACAAAUUUUUCAUGGAUUUGUAGAUAAAACUUGAAAUGUUUUAUCAAUAAAAAAAAAUCAAACGUAAAGUCUUUAUUGAAGGAUCAAACCACAGACAGAAAUUGAAAAAGAAUGAUCAUUACAUAUUUGAUAUAUAAAUUACUAUUUUAUUAUAUCUGAUUGUUUAGAAAAAAAAGCUUACAUUUACAAGCAUUCAUUGAAAAAUAUUAUUACUUUUCACUGAAAAAUGCCAUAGACAAACAUUGCUCAAGAACACUGCAAUUAUAGAACAAAAAGUGUAAUUAUUGUUAUUGAAGAGUUAGAAUGUUCAAAAAAGUUAGCCUUUUAGCACAAGCUAUUAGAGCAUUUAAGCAGAACAGCUAACCACUUUGGAAAUUCCAGUGGCUUGUUUUACAAAACGUAUAAUGGAAUGGGGGCUUGAAAUAAAGGGUUACUAACAGUUCAAAGGGAAAAUGCUUAUUAUUUCAGCAGUGUUUCUCUGUGGCCGCAUUUUAUUCUUAGCACGUUUUAGCUCUUUUUCAAUUUUGUACUAAAUUAACGCAGAUCUCUGCAUGUUGGAUUGUACCACUAAUCGCUGUCGUGUAUGGCGUCUUAUUCGCCGUUGUCUGCCAAACGGUUUCCUCUUGAUCUCUCUACUGCACGCUUAGUUAGUUUUUUUAUUAUAUUUCAAAAACUAAACAAACAAUUUUGUGUUUACGUAAAUAAUUUCAGCUCUCGCACUUAAGCUUCCUUCCGAUCAUAUUCGUUGUCUUCGCAAUUUUGACAGCUUUUCAGAAUAAGCUGGCAUCACUCACAGCAACCAACGAACCAGGAUCUUGAACAGUGAACUAAUUUCUCAGGACUGUUUUUGCAUAUAAUGUAUUUAUAAUAUGUUAUAAUCUGAACUGAUUUAUUAUAGCAGCGAGAGUUUGUUGCACGCGUGUUGUAGGUUGAGAUAAUUGUACAAUUAUUAGUUAAAAUAUUAGAAAUCUGUAAAUGUUAUUUUGUAUAGAAAUAAAUACAUCUGUAUUUUUUUGAACAGA